CAAGAAUCUCAAUCAAAUGGCCAAUCUAAACAAACCCAUCCUGCUAUUGAGAUCGAUAUUGAUGAAAGCCCCAGCUAGCAGAGGUCGAGAAGAAGUCAAGUUAAGCCAUGGCUGGGGUCAUUGCCAUCAGGAAUCUGGGCUUGUGGUUUGUGAAUGUUUUUGCCCUAGCGUUAGUGUCUGUUGCGAGCGGAAAUUCCGAAGGGAAUGCACUCUAUGGGCUACGGCGGAGCCUUUCUGGUCCAGACAACGUGCUACAGAGCUGGGAUCCGAACCUCGUCAAUCCUUGCACCUGGUUCCACAUCACCUGCAAUCAAGAUAACCACGUUACUCGCGUGGAGCUUUACAAAAAUAACAUUCAAGGGCCAAUCUCCAGCGAGCUUGGUAAUUUGAAGAACCUAAUAAGCUUGGAUAUGUACGACAACAAUAUCUCGGGGACCAUUCCUCCAUCCCUGGGGAAGCUGAAAUCUCUUGUUUUUUUGUGCGUUUGACCCUAUACUAUGGUUAAAUUUCAGUAGGGGAUUCAAGAACAAGUAUGCUAGCUACUGUAAAAGAGAAUAACUAACAUAUUGGAGCUAUUGAUCGGUAGUUUUUGUCGGGCGGCUUAAUGAUAGUCAGUUGACUGGGUGAAUUCCUCGGGAACUUGCUGAUAUUUCCAGCC